AGGUUAUUCUGAGUAAUUCCAAAGAUACCCUUCAACAUGCCUGAAAAUCCUGCUGCAGAUAAACAGCAGGUGCUGCAGAUCCUCGAUCGGCUGCAAGCAAAACUGCGGGAGAAAAGAGAUUCCCAACAUAAUGAAAACCUGACUGUUUUGCGUAACACACUCAGGAGCCCUUUGUUUAACCAGAUACUGACCCUCCAGCAAUCCAUCAAGCAACUGAAGGAACAACUCAAUUAUAUGCCGCCUGACCGGUCAGUAGAUUUUGAUUUUACGAAGAGAGGGCUGCUAGUGUUUGCUGACAAAUCAGUAGCUGCUGGGAGCACGUAUGUACCUUGCAGUUCCCCUGAACCCAAAGCAUCCACCUUCACUCCAAACCUGGGAAUUAAUGAAUUUAAUGCAAUCAUCCAACAGAUGGCAAGGGGGAGACAAGUAGAAUCAAUAAAGAUUGAAAAGCCUUCUGUUGGAGGUCUUGGAUUUAGUGUGGUUGCCCUGAAAAAUCACAGCUUGGGAGAAGUUGGUAUCUUUGUCAAGGAAGUCCAGCCAGGAAGCAUAGCUGACAGGGAUCAAAGACUGAAGGAAAAUGACCACAUACUGGCCAUUAAUUGCACCCCAUUGGAUCAGAACAUUUCCCAUCAGCACGCUAUUGCCCUCCUCCAGCAAUCCACAGGAUCCCUACAUCUGGUUGUUGCCAGGGAGCCAGUUCAAGGGAACAGCAGAACUUCAGCUGUCUUAUUAAGUGAUAUAAAUCCACCUGAGACUAUUCACUGGGGCCACGUUGAAGACGUUGAGCUGAUUAACGACGGUUCAGGAUUAGGCUUUGGAAUUGUAGGAGGAAAGUCGAGUGGAGUAGUUGUAAGAACAAUUGUUCCUGGGGGAUUAGCAGAUCGGGAUGGGAGGCUGCGGACAGGAGAUCAUAUCUUACAGAUUGGAGGGACCAACGUGCAAGGAAUGACCAGUGAACAAGUUGCACAAGUGCUGAGAAACUGUGGCAAUUCUGUUCGGAUGAUCGUUGCAAGAGACCCAAAGUGUGACAUUAUGGAGACUCCACCAGCUCCUGUGAGCUGGCCAGUCAGCACAUUACCUUCCUUUCAAAAUGGAAACGAUAAUACCAACCUUUUUGAGACCUAUGAUGUUGAACUUAUAAAAAAGAAUGGCCAAAGCCUGGGGAUAACAAUUGUUGGUUAUGCUGGCACAUGUGAUGUAGAACCUUCAGGGAUUUUCGUGAAAAAUAUAAUACCUGGUAGUGCUGCUGACCACAAUGGCCAAAUUCAUGUUAAUGACAAAAUUGUUGCUGUCGAUGGAGUUAAUAUACAGGACUAUACCAACCAAGAAGUGGUAGAGGUGUUGCGUAACACGGGACAGACCGUACGCCUUACCUUGCUCAGAAGAAAAACUACUUUUACUAUUUCAGAAAGAACUUCAGAUAGAGUGCUGCCAACUGUUCCAACCUUUGUGUCCCCUGGAGCUGUAGUGGCUGAAACUAGUGUGGGCACUAAGAAUGAGGAAAACCGAGAACAGAAGGAUAAUCUGAAAAAUGAAAAGAAGCAGAGUCUACAUAAGACAGGAAAAGUCCCGCUCCCUCCAACACAUGAGCUGAAAUCCAAGUGGGAAAACCUGCUGGGACCUGAAUACGAAGUUAUGGUUGUGAAUGUGGAUAUGCCCUUUACAGAUGAUUUGGAGCUCCAGAAGUACUCAAAGCUAUCACCCAUCCACACUUUGAGAUUAGGAGUUGAGCUUGACACCUUUGAUGGACAUCAUUAUAUAUCAUCAAUUGCUUCAGAUGGUCCAGCUGCAACACUUGGUCUUCUGCAACUGGAGGAUGAACUUCUGGAGGUAAAUGGAGUCCAGCUCUACGGAAAAUCCCGCCGCGAGGCCGUCACUUUUCUCAAAGAGGUGCCGCCCCCGUUCACCCUGGUUUGCUGUCGGCGGCUCUUUGAUGACGGCAGCGAGUCUCUUGUGGAUGAACCCACCGUGGGAGCUUCCCCUCCAGAACAAAAGGUGAAACCCGAGGAAGACAUUAAUCCUGAGGAGGAAGAAGGGGAAUUAGCGUUAUGGUCUCCUGAUGUGAAGGUUAUUGAACUGAAGAAAGACAAAAAUGGGUUAGGAUUCAGCAUCUUGGACUAUCAGGAUCCCUUGGAUCCAACAAGGACAGCCAUUGUGAUCAGCUCUUUGGUGGCAGGCGGAGUGGCCGAACGCGGGGGCGAGCUUUUACCGGGCGACCGCUUGGUGUUUGUCAAUGAGACAUCUUUGGACAGUGCCACUUUGGCAGAGGCAGUGGAGGUGCUGAAAUCUGUGCCCCCAGGUACCGUUUCUCUUGGGAUCUGCAAACCUUUGGUGGGAGAAAGCAAAGAGGAGGAGACCAUGCACAAUGUGGAUUCCAACAACAUAAAACCCAGCCCUGGGUCUCCAGAACCAAUAGACAAUUUCUCAAUAAUACUUGAAGCACCACAGGGUUUCAGAGAUGAAACACCUUGUAAAGAAGAACUUGUUGAUGAACCAAUUUUGGACUUGGGAAGGACAUUCCAGCUUUCUCAUAAUGACAAGGAGUACAAGGAGUCCUGGGAGAUGCAUGAAUUUCUGAAACCCAGGACAGAAGAAAUGGAUGAAGAACGGGAAAUGUUGGUGGAUGCCGAGUAUGAAGAGGAUUCAGACUUCCUGAAAUAUAGUGCAUUGUCUGGACAGAAGGCAACUUCAGACAGGAACCUCGAUACAGAACGAUGGACAAAGCAACUUGAGGCUACUGAAAUCCAAGACCUGAGAUCCAGCAUUAACUUAAGUCCAAAACAGUCCCCAGAACAUCCCUUCAGUAAAGAUCAAACGUGUGAAGAAAAUGCUGGUAUAAAUUCACUGUUUUCUGCAACCACAGCACACAGUGGCUACCAAAAAGACAUACUUGAUACCGAAAAUACCCAGUCAGCAGCAAAAACCAAGAUGGAUUUAGGCACAAAGCUUCAGAUUGACUCUGAAGGACCUGAGCUUGCUGUUGAUCUGGAAGCUAUUGAAAAGGAAGAACUAAAAGGGGAGGAUUAUGGUUUUUCCAAGAACCUGGAAUCUGGGAGAGUAACCACUUUAUCUCAGCCUAGAACAGCAUUGUGCAGUGAAUUACCUGAGAGAGAAGAAGGAGAAGGAGAAGAAACUCCAAACUUCAGCCACUGGGGACCACCACGGACCGUUGAGAUCUUCAGAGACCCUCAUGUGUCUCUUGGAAUCAGUAUUGUUGGUGGACAAACUGUCAUAAAGCGCCUGAAGAAUGGAGAAGAACUUAAAGGGAUCUUUAUCAAACAAGUUUUGGAAGACAGCCCAGCAGGAAGAACAAGGGCUUUAAAAACUGGAGAUAAAAUACUUGAGGUUUCUGGGGUAGACCUACAAAACGCCACACACGAGGAAGCAGUAGAAGCUAUCAAGAAUGCGGGAAAUCCGGUCGUGUUUGUGGUUCAGGGUUUGUCUAACAUACCAAAAGUGAUUUCUGCCGCACAGCCUAAGGGAAUCAAAGUCAGCAAAGACCAGGAUGCAGACAAAGAAAAUAAGAGUGAAAAGAGAAAAUACGGGGCUCCGCCUCCAAUGAAAUUGCCACCUCCUUAUAGAGCCCUUGAAAGACUGCAUGCAGAGGAAGCCAACGUGGAUGAAGAGGAGGAUGAGGAUGCUUGUACAGAGAAAAAAAUCAGGCAAAGGUAUGCGGAUCUGCCAGGAGAGUUGCACAUUAUCGAGCUGGAGAAAGACAAAAAUGGGCUCGGGCUGAGUCUUGCUGGCAACAAGGACCGCUCUCGGAUGAGCAUCUUUGUAGUUGGUAUCAAUCCAGAUGGACCUGCAGGCCGGGAUGGAAGGAUGCAUAUUGGAGAUGAGCUUCUCGAGAUAAACAACCAGAUACUGUAUGGAAGAAGUCAUCAGAAUGCUUCUGCAAUCAUUAAGACUGCCCCAUCAAAGGUCAAGCUAGUUUUCAUACGAAGUGAAGAUGCAGUCAAUCAGAUGGCUGUUACUCCUUUCCCAUUGCCUUCCAGCUCCCACUCUUCUACUGAGGAUCAUGGUGGUACAGAACCUGCAAGUGGAGAAGAAGACCCAAGUUUGGAAGUUGUCAUGAAAAGCUUGACCAAUGAGGAAUCCAACAAAGCUGAUGUGAAAUCUAAAGCUGACAAACCAGUGGUGGCAGAUCAGCAGGAAACAGAGGAGCAGCUCCCAGAAAACGUCCUCAACCAGAUCAAACAAUCCAAAUCUUCAACAAAAGUAACAGCCAACUCACAGGAGAUACCGCUGGUGCCAACACCUACUUAUCUUUCUCCAGAGGCAGAAGCCACCAGCCGUAGUGUCUUGCCACCUCCACUGCCUGUGGAUCCAGCAACAUGUCCUAUAGUUCCAGGGCAGGAGAUGACUAUAGAGAUAUCUAAGGGCCGCUCAGGCCUAGGACUCAGCAUCGUUGGGGGGAAAGACACUCCACUGGAUGCCAUAGUGAUCCAUGAAGUUUAUGAAGAGGGGGCAGCAGCCCGGGAUGGCAGGCUUUGGGCCGGCGAUCAGAUCCUGGAGGUGAACGGGAUCGAUCUGCGGAAUGCCAGCCAUGAAGAAGCUAUCACUGCGCUGAGACAGACGCCCCAGAAGGUGCAGCUGGUUGUUUAUAGAGAUGAAGCACAUUACAAAGAUGAAGAAAACUUGGAGAUUUUCUAUGUAGAUAUACAAAAGAAAACGGGCCGGGGACUGGGGCUCAGCAUAGCUGGAAAACGAAAUGGAAGUGGAGUGUUUAUCUCUGACAUUGUUAAAGGAGGAGCUGCAGACCUAGAUGGAAGAUUAAUUCAAGGAGAUCAGAUUUUGUCUGUAAAUGGAGAGGAUAUGAGAAAUGCCUCGCAAGAGACUGUUGCCACCAUACUUAAGUGUGCCCAAGGCCUAGUGCAUCUCGAGCUUGGGAGAUUGCGAGCUGGAUCAUGGCUAUCUUCACGGAAAACAUCCCAAAACAGCCAGGCGAGCCAACAGAGUGUCCAUGGCCACUUCCACCCUGCGCUCGCUCCGGUCCUCUCUACCUUACAGAAUUUUGUCAGCACAAAAAGAUCUUCAGCAGAUGUGUCUCAGAGAAACUCAGUAGGAGCAGAUACGGGCCCGAGGACUGUGGAGAUAACAAGGGGGCCAAAUGAUGCGCUUGGUAUCAGUAUAGCAGGAGGGAAGGGAAGUCCUUUAGGAGAUAUUCCCAUCUUCAUUGCCAUGAUCCAAGCCAGUGGUGUGGCUGCACGUACACAAAGGCUCAGAGUUGGAGAUCGGAUUGUCAGUAUUAAUGGGCAACCUUUGGAUGGGCUGUCUCAUGCAGAUGCGGUUAAUCUACUAAAGAAUGCUUAUGGGAGCAUUAUCCUGCAGGUUGUGGCUGAUACCAACAUCAGUGCCAUUGCCACCCAGCUGGAGAGCAUGUCUGCGGGGUGCAACCUCAACUCUUCUGCUGAGCAUCCUUCUGAAGAUCCUGAAGCACCUCAGCCUAAGAUAAUUACUUUGGAGAAAGGCUCUGAUGGACUGGGAUUUAGUAUUGUAGGGGGGUAUGGAAGUCCCCAUGGAGACCUGCCCAUUUAUGUCAAGACUAUAUUUGCCAAGGGAGCAGCUGCGGACGACGGGCGACUGAAGCGGGGUGACCAGAUCUUAGCAGUGAACGGGGAGGCCUUGGAAGGAGUCACCCACGAGCAGGCCGUGGCCAUCCUGAAGCGCCAGAAAGGAACUGUCACAUUAACGGUGUUGUCGUGAAACCCUCAUCGCGCUCGCGGAGAUAAAUGCCAUUAUUUUAGAACAUCAGUAGAGCUCUAAUAACGCUGUCCAGCCCUCAGCAGGAUGGAAAGCAAAGCCUGGCAGAAAUGACUCGGUGUUCACCCUGUUGCCAGGAAGGGGUAGUGCCCGUCUCCAGCUUCAUUUAGCCUUCCACAUUUAUCAGCCCUUCUCCCCGCCCUCCCCUCCUCCCGGUGGCUUUUUGAGGUUUCUCUGGACAAGUUCAAUUAAGAAUCGUCAAAGAACAACAUCCAUUUUUGCUUUAUUUAUACAUCAGUCUAUCCCCGCUACUCCGAACCCCUGUUAUAAGCUGCUGAACCUGGAAUCAGUUCGCACACAAAAGAGAAUUUAGAUCAUCAACCGAUCUCAUCUGAUGAGCAGAAAUAAAUGCUGAGUGACUUGUCAUCUCACUCAUGAUUUACUUAUGCUAAUUGUCCUUUCAAGUAUGCCAGAAAACAUUAGCAAUGUAAUUAAAUUACCACUGUUCCAAAUGAUGAAAUAUCAAAUUCUCCUCUGGGAAAUUAUUUGUGCUCGGCACAGUAAGUCUGAUAGUCAAAUGUGAACUUCUCAUGUUUAUCUCUUUGGGUAGGUCUAUGGAAGUUAGUCAGAGGUAAUUACUGUGAUGUGUCAAUUUGCAGCCUUUAGCAUGAAAAAUAAACUAGGGGAGAGGGAAAUUUAUCUUUUUGGGCUUUUAAAACGUUUGAGCCUUUUCAGAUAUUUAGGCAGCAUGAACAACAACGACGUAUCUCCUUCUAUUCUAAUUAUAUUUUUAAAGAAGAAGAAAUGAGCUGGUAUCUGCCAGGCGUGGCGCACACAAAGGGGUUGCUGCCGUGCCAAGUCGCAGCGUAAUUGUCCAUCCUGAAACUUUAAUGAAGACAAAAGUUUGCCUGGGCAAUGUGAUCCCAUAAUCCCAGGAGAGAUGAAGUUAAUCCAAACCAGCCAAAAAAAACCCUUUUGAGUUUCCAAGAGUCUCCCCGGGAUCGUGCAGGAGGAGGCUUUCACGGAUCACAGAGGAUGCUUCUCUCCCGGGGCUGCUGGAGUCCAAUUUUGGAUAAUACCAAGUAAUACCAGGCUGGGGUGAGACGAUCGCUGCAGAAGACUUCUCGGGGCAGUUUAAGAUGAUGUUCUCCUGGGGCUGGUUGCCAUGGGCUUCCAGGAUGGAGCGUGGGCUUCCUCAGCCCUCUCUGAUGAGGCAAACAGCUCAGUCAAAGCAACCAACUAUUUUUUGGGUUUAGCAAAGCCAGGAGAGACCCUGCUGAAGCCCAUCCCAGGCGAGAACGUGCUGAAGCUCCACCAGGAGCCUUCCCAAGGCCUGUCCCGCUCUGCCUGGUGGAGGUGGGAAGUGAGAACAUUCAGCAGCCAAAAAUUAGCCACUUGGUUCUGUGUCGCAGCCAUUCCUGCAGUGAUUGUAUGGCCAUAGCCUGGCUGAUUUAGCAAAUGAAUUUGGCAGGCAGAUUAAUGGCAGCGCAGGCCAUUGUGGUGUGAUCUUCCCAUCCAGAGGAGCAGUAGGGUUUUAGAGGAAGCAGCCCAGUCUGAUCUGGAUUGUUUGGUAUCAUUUAUAAUGAUGAUGUUCCUGGGAGAAAUGAAAGGGGGUUUGGGGGGGGUCAGAAUUGGCUGCUCAUUUAAUGUGAAAAAUGCCUGGAAUGAAAUGGAAAGAAAUUUUGAAAUCUGUAAUGUGAUAACUGAGUAGUACAGGGUCGGUGGUAAAAUCAUUGUGUGGUUUAGAGUGGGUAUUCCCUAUUUUCCUUAAAAAAAAAACAGGUAUUGACUCGAGAUGAGUGACGCUGAGACAAGCCAGCCGUGAGUAGCUCUCAUUGAAAGGGUUUCUUGAUUUCAUUGGAAAGUUUUUUCUUUAAAUGUAGAUAAUCACAAAGUGCAUUUAGCCUGCUGGAACCGUUAGUGGGUGUUGUGACUGCAGUGCCUGGGAGAGACUUCACCUUUUCAGUGGGUUCCCUCUGUAGGGUUUGAUUUGCCAAGUGAAGCGUUAGAGGAACCUUGAUUGUAGAUGCACAGAGAGAUGCCCAGAUGUAGCAAAUCGGAGAAUUUUUAACAAACUUUAACAUUUUUUUUUGAUUGCAGAAGUACCCAAGGUAUGAGGAAGUUAAAGGCAGGGAGGCGAAACGCAAAGAGGUACCCUUAAAAAUAUUAUAUAGAAUUUAUCAACAAAAUGUAAUGAUUCAUCUGAUGGCGGUUUUAUACCCGUUGUGUUCCUACUUUAAGAUGUUGCCACAUUUAAUCUCUAAAGUUUCCCAGUUUAUCAGCCUAUUGUGCACAUACUGUUCAUAUACAUAAAGAGUAGAAUUUAUGGGCUGAGAUAUUUUGCACUUCUCAUUGCUCUGAAUGACAGAGAACAUUUUCUGCUUCUUGUAAUUUGCACUUUGCGUGUUGAAUAUAUUACUGCCAAAAAUUGUGUUGCCACUAAUUGAUAGCCCAGUGCCCGUGUGGGGCAGCGUGUGCUGUAUGUACAGGACCAAGUCAGAUAAUUAAAUUUGCAUUACGCUUCUCUGGGUGGAGGUGUUCUGGUUUGUUUAUAACUUUAUUUCUGUGCAAGGGAAAAAAAAGCAAUUAAACCUCCUGAUUGUAUGUUUACAUAUAUCAGUAAAAUGAGACAUUUUAUGACUUCAAAGAUUCUAAAUAAAGCUCAGUUACAAAAGUA